GUGAAUUUUGAAUAUUUUAAAACUUUGUAAACCCAUUUUCAUAUCCGAAGGCUUACAUUCAACCGUUGUAACCAGUAAAUUAACUUAACUAUGUCCAGAUUAGUGAAUUCAUCCACACAAAGUAACCGAAACUGAAAAUUGUGAAGGACCUAGGCUCCGCUUGUGACAGCGAAAAUGGGAAAGAAAAGAGGGAAAGACAAGAGCUCCAGAGAGGACGAUGACCUUGACCUGACAGGUCCUUCCUGUAGGCAUAUUAAGAAGGGAACAGACCAAACACUUCUAAAGAAACUUUAUGGGAAUUCUGAUUGGACUAGUUGCCAGGAUUGUGAGCAUGAAAAUAAAGAAAAUAACACUACCACCCUGCCACAGGACUCUGAAGAGGAAAAAGAAACAGCAACCAUUUGGAUGUGCUUGAAAUGUGGCCACAGAGGAUGUGGACGAAAUUCUGAGCACAAGCAUGCCAUCAAACAUUAUGAGACUCCUCGGUCAGAUCCACAUUGCCUGGUUAUCAGCAUGGAUACCUGGAGUGUGUGGUGUUACAUUUGUGAUGAUGAAGUCCAGUACUCCCGAACUGGACAGUUGGCUCAACUGCUUACCAACCUAAAAAAGCAAACCUCUUCAGAUCCCAUAAAGAGACCACAGAAAAGAGUGAAAGAGGAGGACAGCUUGGUGGAACCUGAGCAGAAGACGGAAACUGUAAAAGCUGAGGAGAGUGAGGACAAGGAGAACAAAGAAAACAACAAGAAUCACCAGAAGAAAAACACCAAGAAAGAGGGUGUUGGGAAAUCACAAAAGUCCAGCACAACUGAAGAUAAAGCUGGUGUUUCAGUAAAAGGGCUGAGCAACCUGGGAAACACAUGUUUCUUUAAUGCAGUCAUUCAGAAUCUCUCUCAAACACAGCUCUUACGACUGACUCUCAACGAAGUGACCCAAGAGAAAAUGAGUCUUAACAUUAAACCUGGAGCCUCCUCAGCUCUGGAGCCUGUCGAAGCGCAGUUAGAUCAGCCUGGAUCCCUGACUUUGGCUAUGUGUCAACUACUCGGUGAGAUCCAGGAAUCCAAGAAGAGUGUGGUAACACCGCGGGAGUUAUUCACACAAGUUUGUAAAAAGGCUGCCAGGUUCAAAGGAUUUCAGCAGCAAGAUAGCCAGGAGCUGCUGCGUUACCUUCUGGAUGGGAUGCGAGCUGAGGAGAUCAAAAGAGUAAGUUCAGGGAUCACGGAGGCAUUGAAACAGUCUAGGAAAAGCACAGAUGGAGAGCAGCUGAAAACUCUAGUUAAAGAGUACGAGAAAAAUGAAUUUCCAAAAAACUUUGUGGACCAAGUUUUUGGUGGGGAAAUGACCAGCACUAUAAUGUGUCAGCAGUGUAAAACAGUUUCUGUAGUCACAGAAAUGUUUUUGGACCUUUCCCUUCCUGUUUCUGAUGAGGCAUAUAGAAAGAAAAACCAGAAAAAAGGAGUCCAGAAGACGAGUGAGUCGAGCCAGGAUGGCAGAAACAGCCCUGCUCUGACCAACGGAAAUGAUGAGGACAUUCCCACAGGGUCUGGUAGCAAGUACCAGCAGAAGAAAGCCAAGAGGCAGGCCAAGAAGCAAGCAAAGCAUCAAAAAAGGCAGCAGAAGCUUGAGGGCAGAGUCACUUUGGACAGUCUCGCAUCUCCGAGCCGUGGAGAGAACGAACGGACGGAUCCUUCUGCAGCUGCAGAUGAAGAUGAAGGGGAAAAUGCUGACAGUGAGACACGUGAAGAAGCCCCACUCAGUGAAGAAAAUCCUGCACAAAUCGUUGCAGCUGAGCAGGGUGUGAAGAACCUUGACACGAUCCAGGCAGAGAAGGAGCAAGAAGAGGGUGAGGAUUCAGUGACUGACUGCGACUCAUCAGCUACUUCAUCAGUCAGCAACCGUUUUACCGUCCUAUCAGAGGAUCACCAGUCAAAGGACAGCACCUUAGAUGAUGAAAAAAUAUCUGACAUGGAACAGGAAGCAGAGGAAGACACAGAGCUGGUGACUGAAAUGGAGAAAGUGACCCUGGAUGAUGCCUUCAUAGAGGACUCUGACACUGUGGAACAAGGCAUGGAGAUUGAAGAUGAGCCACUGGAGGGUAAAGAGUACACUGUAGUAAAUCAGGACCCAGAGCUGGCCUUUCACACACUGGCUACCAGAACGGUCCCUGAGAAACAGGAGUGUUCAGUACAGUCAUGCCUGUUUCAGUUCACAGAAGUGGAAACCCUCACGCAGAACAACAGCCUGUUGUGUGUCACAUGCACAAAACGGCAGGGGAACAAAGACAAAGCUGGAGGAUCCAAGAAGAAUAUCUACACUGAUGCCUUGAAGCAAAUGCUGAUCUCCUCUCCCCCACCAGUGCUUACCCUUCAUUUGAAGAGAUUUCAACAGAAUGGAUACAGUAUUUGUAAGGUGAACAGACAUGUCCAGUUCCCCCUGAUACUGGAUCUAGCUUCUUUUUGUGCAGUUAAAUGCAAGAACGUGACAGAAGGAGAUACUCAGCUUUUGUACAGUUUGUAUGGUAUCGUAGAGCACAGUGGAACAAUGAGGUCGGGUCAUUACACAGCCUAUGUGAAAGUACGUCCUGAGUGCUCUAAAGCCUCCUCCAACGGACUGGCAGCAGAAGGAGAUGCAGAGCCACCCAGAGGAUCCUGGUUCCAUAUCAGCGACACAAGCGUUCAACCUGUGAGUGAGAGCAAAGUCCAGAGUUGUCAAGCCUACCUACUCUUCUAUGAAAGGAUCCUCUAAUCAGACUGUGCCUCACUACUCAGGAAAUCCCAACAAGCCAACCUGCUGCUGCUUCAGCUCCUCAGUUAACCAACCUCUGCCUGUUUUGUCAGUGACUCAGACUGGGCUGUGAUGAAAUUAAAUUGAUUAUACACAAGGGACAUUUGACAGUGUUGACAUUUUGAUCAUGGUAGUGUCAUACAGUCUUUCGGGUAUUAAACAGGACAGCUGUAUGUUUCUCCUAUGGGAAUAUGAUGAGGUGUGACAGGAAUUUCAAGAUGGACAUUCAAGAGAUAGUGGUAGUGGAUGUGUUAUUCAAUUUCCUGAGAAAAGUGACAGUUAGGGAAAUUAUUUGUAAAAGAAAAUAUUUAUAUGUCUAUUUUUUAUCAAUGUCAUGUAAUGAAAAGCUUCAAAAUAAGAAAAAGUUUCUCCUG